AUGAGCGCCGCCACGACCGAGGACGUGGCCUGCACGAUUAAGCCGCCUGUCUUCCUGGGCUUCAGAAGCGGGACGCGUGAGCGACCCUCCGGCGUGUGCGUCGUGGACGUGGUCCUGCCUCCAGGGAAGACGGUCGACAUUGAGAGAAUCUCCUUUAAGAACUUCUACACAGCCUUCUUGAGCAUCAGGCUGCAAAGGCGGAGUCCCGGCCGGGAGGGGGCGCCAGCCAAGUGGUGUACGGCCCUCAGGGACUGCCCACUCAUGAAAAACCCCCACACCGAAGGAGGGGCCCACGACUACUACAACUUACAUCGGAAACAGUUGCAAGUGUCCGCUGACGAGGUGUCUUGCGUGCGACUGAUCCUGAAGCAGCCGUCGUGGUCCUGGUCCUCAUUCGGAGUAGAGGACGUCCGCGUUUACCCACGCGCGCCCCCACCCCCGGACAAGGAGCUCUCGGAAUGGCUGCUGGCCCUGGAGACGGUCGACCCGCCCGUGCAGGGCCCGGCGGUGGACGCGGCGGGCGUGUCUCGGAGCCUCCAGCAGAUGUGGGCACUCAGCCAAGUCAUGCAGGCCAGUCAGACCUCCACCGCCUCCGUCGGACGCUUCGACGUGGAUGGCUGUUACGACAUUCAAUCAUUAUCGCUGACAUAA